UGCAUAAAAUGCACUUUGUUUUCUCAAACUGGGAUUGUGAAAGUUGGCAGAAACUUCUAAAGCUUAGCAUUUUCGCUCAGCUGCUACCAAAUUGUCAUAAUGGGCGCUGUCACAAAAGUUCUUUUAGCUAGUAUAUGUGUUGCUUUCCUGGCUGCCAAAUGGACUUCACCCAGAUUUGAUGCCGAUUCUCUCAAAGGGGCUAGGGUACUGGUGACUGGGGCCAGUACAGGUAUUGGUGAACAAAUGGCGUAUCAUUACGCCCGCUUUGGAGCCCAAAUUGUUAUCACAGCAAGGAGGGAGAAAGUCUUACAGCAGGUAGUAGAAAAGUGUCUGAGCUUAGGAGCCCAGAAAGCUUUUUAUAUAGCAGCAGACAUGGCGAAUGAGUCUGACCCUGACAAAGUGGUGGAUUAUGCUCUGGAGAAGCUGGGAGGUUUGGAUUACCUGGUCCUCAAUCACAUUGGGCCUAGCCCCUUCAGCAUGUGGAAGGGAGAUGUGGAUCACACCAAAUGGCUGAUGAAGGUCAAUUUCUUCAGCUAUAUUCAGAUGGCCUGGAAAGCUUUGCCCUCCCUUGAGCAAAAUAAAGGAUCACUGGUUGUUGUCUCAUCGCUCUUAGGUAAAAUAACUUCUCCUUUCGUGGCGCCAUACACCUCAACCAAAUUUGCCUUGAACGGGUUCUUUGGGUCUCUUCGUCACGAGCUGGCUAUGAAGAAGAGCAACGUGUCCAUCUCUGUCUGCACACUAGGUCUCAUUGAUACCGACUCAGCUAUGGAGAAAGUCCGGGGCAUCACUGAUGUACAAGCCUACCCCGCCACAGAUGCUGCAUUGAACAUCAUCAUUACGGGAGCUACAAGGCAGCCAGAGCUUUUCUACCCUUGGUUCACAUACUUUAUAGCUAUCACCAAAGACUGGUUUCCUUCUGUCACAGAUUAUAUAAUCCAGAACUCCUACAACUACAUCCCAUGAAGAACAUUUAUUCAGCACAACUGAAGCACAAUUAUACAUGUUCCUAAUUAUAAAUAUCAACAUUUAAUUUGGAUUUUGGCCUAGCUCUUUGACAUUUUGAUGCACCAAGUUUUGUGGGAAAAUUUCUGACAUUUCAGUUUCCACUUUUCUCAUCAUUACUUUGAGAGCAGUCCAGUAAUAAAAUGUAUACAGAUAGAAAAGCUCAGGACUUGGGAUUUUACUUUUUGGGCUACUAUUUUAACAUUUUAGACAUUAGUGUCUGUGUCAAUAGUACAGCCACUGCUGUCCAAACAUUAUUGCACUAGUACUUGAAAACUCCAAAGAAAAAAGUCUGAUUUACUACUAAUAAGACAACCUCACCCCUCCAUUCAGCCCUCCCACACACAGACUCAAUACCUCACAUGAGAUUCAGUUAUGAAAUAAAUGAAUAAGUUUCAUGUUGCUGCUGAUAAAGAACACAAAACAAUAAACCAGUUUCCCCCUGA